AAAAAUUUAUUUUCAACUUUUUUUUUAGAAAAGAAAACACGGCUCACAAAUUUCUUCCUUCAACUAGGACACCUAUUAAUGUAGUGAGCGAAAUUGAAAUAUGAUUUUGAUAGUUAGAUUCACCAUUGAUGUUUCUCGACUGUUCAUUUUAUAGUGAAAUGGACGGAUCAUCGGAAAAAACUACCAGUAAAAUCGUAUCAGUUUUACCAAAUUAUAGGAUUGGUAAAACUCUUGGAUAUGGAUCCUUUGCAAAAGUGAAAUUAGCUUUACAUGUAGCUACCGGACACAAGGUUGCUAUCAAAAUUCUUAAUCGUUCUAAGAUUAAGACCAUGGGUAUUGAGACCAAAGUGCAAAGGGAGAUCAAAAUACUAAGAUUGUUGAUGCAUCCCCACAUCAUCCGUCAAUAUGAAGUCAUAGAGACGCCUGACAACAUAUAUGUUGUAAUGGGAUAUGUGAAGUCGGGAGAGCUUUUUGACUAUAUUGUUGAAAAAGGUAGAAUACAAGAAGACGAAGCUCGUCAUCUUUUUCGACAGAUCAUAUCUGGUGUGGAGUAUUGUCAUCGCAAUAGAAUCGUCCACCGGGAUCUUAAGCCAGAGAAUGUGCUUUUGGAUUCAAAAUGCAACAUUAAGAUUGUUGACUUUGGGCUGAGUAAUGUCAUGCAUGAUGGUCACUUUCUAAAGACGAGUUGUGGAAGCCCUAACUAUGCUGCUCCGGAGGUUAUUUCAGGAAGACCAUAUUCUGGACCAGAAGUAGAUAUAUGGAGCUGUGGAGUGAUAUUGUAUGCUCUCUUAUGCGGGACUCUUCCUUUCGACGACGAAAAUAUUCCUAUUCUGUUCGAUAAAAUAAAGAAAGGAAUGUAUGCUCUUCCAGAUCAUUUAUCAUAUGCUGCUAGAGAUUUGAUACCGAGGAUGCUUAUGGUUGAUCCGCUGAUGAGAAUUACCAUUCCUGAGAUUCGUCAACAUCCUUGGUUCAAUAAUCAUCUUCCUCCUUAUCUUGCUAUUCCUCCAUUAGAUACUAGAGAACAAGCUAACAAGAUUGAAGAGGAGAUAGUUCAAAAAGUAGUCAACAUAGGUUUGGAUAGAAACCAAGUUGUUGAAUCUCUUCUCAAUAGAAUCCAAAAUGAGGCUACAGUUUCAUACUAUCUAUUACUUGACAACCGAAACCGCAAGUGUGUUCCUAGUGACUAUUUCCAAACCAAGUUUAAAAAGAAAUCGGAUGGUUUAUUUAAUUCGACGAUUCCAGUUCAAGAGAUUGUUUCACAUGUUGGCCGUUCCAUUCCGGGAUUGACUAGACUAAGAUCACGGAUCAAAGAUGACAAAACCUGGACCCUUGGACUUCAGUCUCGAGGAAACCCUUGUGAGAUCAUGAGUGAAGUUUUUAAGGCUCUUCAAAAUCUAAAAGUGUGCUGGAAAAAGAUUGGACACUACAACAUAAAAUGCAGAUGGGUUCGCAGCUUUGCUAACGAUAAGAAUCAAACGAUUGUGGAUGAAUGUGCCAUGAUCUUACCAACUAUCAUCAAAUUUGAAUUUCAGCUAUACAAAGUAGGAGAAAACAAGUACUUGCUAGACAUCCAAAGAGUUGAUGGACCUCAGUUUAUCUUCCUUGAUCUAUGUGUAGCGUUUCUCACAGAGUUAGGUGUCCUCUAAAGCAUCAAUGGUUUUUAAGUUGAUUCUUUGAGUUGCCUAGUUGUGCUCUCCAGCUCAUACCAUUAGUGAUUUUCUAGACAAUUAUUGCUUUAUUGUUUAACUAGGUAACAACCCGCACAUAAUGCGGGAUAAAUCGAUUUAAAGAAAAUUAUUAUCAUAAAACUAAUAUAUAUUUGUGUCAAACAUAAUAUGUAACUAAAGUUUUUUAUUUAUUUAUUCAAAGCUGCGUUUUUCGUGUAAAAGAUACGUUUCACCCAUAAAAUCUUUAAAUGUAUAAGAGGUUUUAUGGUAGAUAAAAUAUUGA